UUGCCAACAACUCAGCAUAUUUAAAGUAGCUGUUGAAGGUAAACACCGUUGAGAGAGAUAUCUAUUCAAAAUGGAGACAACAAUGCAAACCAGUGAGCCGAAAGUAUUCUCGUUAGACUACAUGAGACAGCUACGCUUCACGCUCGAAACUAUAGGACAGUGGCCCAACCGGACGCUAGGGGACUUCUCACGACGUGCAAUGAUGUUGUCCAUAUAUCACAAAUUCUUAAUUUGCACAUUUUGUUUCUCGGAAGUCCUGGCGUUUUUGUAUAUGAAGAAGCAUAGAGCAACUAUUCAGUUUAUUGAUAUGGGGCAAAUUUACACCAAUUUGUUUUUAACCGGGUUAUUUCUUCAAAGAGCAUCGCUACCUUUUCAAAAGAACUACAAAGAGUGUGUGAAAAAGUUUGUUUUAGAGUUUCACUUAAUGCACCAUGAGCAUAUAAGUGAAUUUGCAGCGAAGGAAACCCGCAAAGUCAACAAAAUCUGCAGGAUCGCCACCAAAAUCAUCAUCCUCCAGCUCGCCUGCGGGAUGAUGGCCUACAACCUCUCUCCCCUUUUCCGAAACUAUUACGAAGGAAUGUUCGCCAGCGAACUCCCCGCAAACAAGUCCUUCGUACACUCCGUAGACUACCUUCUACCUUUUGACGCUUAUCGCAGUUUCACGGGUUAUCUAGUUGUAUUCACUUGGAAUUGGUUUCCUACCUACAACAUACCUACUGCGAUGGGCGUUUAUGAUCUAUUGGUGUUCGUAAUGGUGUUCCAUAUGGUGGGGCACAUGAAUAUACUUUAUAAUAGUUUAAAAGAGUUCCCAAGGCCGAAAGAGGGACAGUCUCAGGACCCCUUGCCGUCGACUCGGGCGUAUAAUGAAGAGAUAUUUGGACUGUUAAAAAAUGCUAUUCAGCAUUAUCAAAUGAUCAAGGAGUUCAUGGGAGACAUGACUGAAGCGUUUGAUCUGACAUUAUGUUGCUAUCUAGCAUUUCACCAAGUGAUGUGUUGUUUGAUGUUGUUGGAGUGUUCUACACUGGAACCGGAGGCCUUGGUUAAAUAUGGAUUGCUUGCCGUGGUCAUAUUCCAGCAAUUAAUUCAGACUUCGGUGGUAUUCGAGUUAAUUAAAUCAAAGAGUGAGAGUCUCGGUGAUGAAGUGUACGCCGUGCCAUGGGAAUAUAUGGACGUCAAAAACAGAAGGAUUUUACUACUAUUCCUCAGAAACGUGCAGGACGCGUUAGGUCUAAAAGCGUGUGGAAUGGUGCCGGUAGGAGUGUUGACUAUGUCUACGAUUAUAAGGACGUCAUUUUCAUAUUACCUCAUGUUAGCCACAUUCGCAGAGUAA